AUGCCUUCCGCCAUGGAGAAUGCGGCCGUGCUGUUUGGCGGUGCAGUGGCUGGCACAGCUCUCACGACUGCCUUCGUGGCACCUGGGCCUGUGCAAGAGGCCAAGGCUGUGCUCCGCGCUUCGGGCUACUCGCAGGCCUCGCAGUCCUCCAGCUCAGGAAUGGGAGCCAUGGCAGGCAUGGGUGCCAUUGCAGGCCUGGCUGCGGCUGGCGUGGCUGGCAAGCGCGCGGGCAAGAGCCGAACUUCUAUGCAGGCAGUGGGCGUGGGCAUCAACGGCUUCGGCCGCAUUGGGCGUCAGGUGGCGCGCAUUGCCAUGAAGGACCCCGAGACAGAGCUGAAGUUGAUUAACGCCAGUUACGAUGCCGAUUACCUUGCUUAUAUGAUGAAAUAUGACACCAUCCAUGGCAAGUAUGAUGGCACUGUGGAGGUGGAUGGGGACUCCUUGGUGGUGGACGGCCAGAAGAUUGCUCUGUCCCACACCCGUGACCCUGCGGAGAUCCCCUUCAGUGAGCAUGGUGCCGAGUACGUUUGCGAGUCCACGGGUGUGUUCCUGACCACCGACAAGGUUCAGGGUCACCUGAAGGCUGGCGCAAAGAAGGUGAUCUUCUCCGCCCCAGCCAAGGAUGAUUCGCACACCAUCGUCAUGGGCGUGAACCAGGACACCUAUGACCCCUCCAUGGAGUGCGUGUCCUGCGCCUCUUGCACCACCAACGGCUUGGCACCGGCUGUGCGUGUGCUGAACGAAAAGUGGGGCAUCAAGCGAGGCCUGAUGACCACCUGCCAUGCCAUGACCGCUUCCCAGCCCACAGUGGACGGCACCUCCAAGAAGGACUGGCGUGGUGGCCGCGCUGGCCCUGGCAACAUCAUUCCCUCCUCCACUGGAGCGGCCAAGGCUGUGGCAAAGGUGAUCCCUGACGUGAAGGGCAAGCUCACUGGUAUGGCCCUGCGAGUCCCGACCAUCGAUGUCUCCGUCGUCGACCUUACGGUCGAGUUGGAGAAAGAAACUACCUAUGAGGAGAUUUGCGCGGAGAUGAAAAAGCGAUCUGAGGGUGACAUGAAGGGCUUCCUCGGCUACACGGAUGAGGCGCUUGACCUGCCCCAUCUCCUGCACCUUCGAUGCCAAGGCCGGCAUCAUGCUCGACCCCACCUUCGUGAAGGUUGUGUGCUGGUAUGA